AUGGCAUCAGAAGGGAACAAAGAUGUACCUAAUGAAGCUUUGUCCGUGGACCAGUCAUCGAUUUCUGGUGUGAAACGCAAGCGUGGCCGCCCAAGGAAAUAUGAGUAUCCUGUAUAUGAAUUACCACAGAAGGUACAGCCCAUCCAGAGUGCCCCCCCUCUUCUUCACUGCACACAAGAUGGCUCAAGUAUGGCCAGCCAUACAUUAGGUGGCAGUGCUCAUGGUAAUUGGUCCGGUCAACCUAGAAAUUCGGCUAAUGCUUCUCUUCAAGGUAAUUCUGGCAAGGAUGACUUUCUUGGCAAGCAUUUUGUUGGCAAGCUGACCAAGAAAGUUCCUGGGUUUUCCCUCAUUACGGUAAAAGUGAAGGACAAUCAGGUGUUCAAAGGUUGGGUUCCAGAUGAAAUUAAUCUCCGUCCAAUAACACCUAAGGAUGACCUUGCCCCAGAGCUACCCAUGCUUCGACCAAGUCAAGUUCGAAAGCGAGCAUCAGCAAUCCAUAUGCAACCUGCUCUUCCUGUGCCAAUUCACUUGGAGGAUGUUACACUUGCAAAGCCUCUGCAGAUGAGGAGACCUGUUGAGAAAACUAUUGCUAAGCAUGCUGCGCCUCUUGCUCCUAGGCCUUACAUUGGUUCUGGUGUUGUUGCAGCAGUACCUAUAUCAGUUGCUCCCAGUAAUCCUGAAAUGAGAACUUUGGCCAGGCAGGAUGCUGAACUUGUGAUCCCACAAUCAUCAGUUGCUGCGGUGCCAAUUAAAUCUGUCCGUCCUGUCUCGGUACCAUGCAAGCAACUGGCUAAUCAAAACGAGUUUACUGGAAAGAAGUCUGUUGAUGAGGUUCAGAAAGAUUCAGAAUCUCUAAAUGUAACCAAGGAAUCACCAGUGAAAGAUGAAAAACCAAGCAUUGCUCUUGUGGAUGUAGUGGUCAAGGAUUCUCCAGGGGAAAGGCAACAGCUUAAUGAUCAAGUAACAGAUGUGGUUAGGGAAUCUUCUGUUCAAACUCAAAACGUUGAUGUGACAAUGUCUGAUGAGAUCAAGAUAGAAUCAGGCGCCAGAGAUCAGCCAAAUUCUGCAAAUAGUGAACAGCAGAGUUCUAAGGAACCAUCAGACAUCACAGAAAAAUCUGAGCAGCUGAAGACAGAGACCGAUGUCCAGAAAGGAGUUGAUGCCUCAAAGUCAGAUGCCUCAGACAUUCAGCCUGCGCAUGAUGAACAAGAAAUGAAGGCUUAUUGGGAUGUGGAGCUGGAGUUUUUGUGA